AGAAUAUAUUAUUUCACAUCUUGAGUCAUGGCAAACCUCUCGGAAGAAGAGAAAGAGGCGUUAGAAAUCAAAAGGUCUUUCGAGUACUUAGAUGUCAAUAAGGAUGGCAGGAUAUCGUCAGCAGAGGUGGUGCGAGGAACCCAGAUUCAUGGUUUAAAUCCUACAAGGAAAGAGGCUGACGAAAUGAUAGCAGAAUUGGAUACUAGUGGCAAUGGAUAUGUUGAGUUUGAAGAAUAUGAAAAGUUUAUGAAAAAGGAACUGAAGAAAUUGGAUUAUGAGCAAAAACUGUUCAUGGACGCUUUUAAGAAAUUCGAUAAAGACGGAAAUGGGUAUGUGUCAUUUGAAGAACUGAAAAAAGCUCUCUGUGGAACAGGGGACAGAAUGUCGGACGAGGACGUGAAAAUGUUUUUUGAUGAAGCCGACCUGAAUCAGGAUGGUAAAAUAGACUACAAAGAAUUCGUGACUUGGUUUUCAAGCGCGUAGCUUCCUGUGCAUUAAUAAUCAAAAACGCACAUACACCUCGACAAUCUUAUGAACUUUCAUCGUGUUCAUGGCAUUGAUAUUAAAGAUAUAGGCGUUAUUUCUUAUAGAAUUACGUGACUUGUGGACAUUAACAUUUUGAAGAAUAUUAUGGCAUGUAUAAAUGAAUGCAUACAUGUACAACUAUGCACUGUACAAAGGGGGCGGACCAGAACAAUGCUGUUAGCAUUUAAAUCUCUGAGUUGUAUUCUCUGAUCGAGGAUUAACUUGUGAAUUUAAAAAAAAAUUGA